AUGAAUCUACAAAGGAAUAAGGUUUAUUAAAAGUAAAGAUUGAUUAUGAUACAUUAUAAACAGUAAAAAUUAAUGAAUAUAUUUUGAGCAGAGGAAUCUGAAAAUAGUCAAUUGGGAUAUAAUAAAAGAAAUUGAUUUUUCAGGAAAUUAUAAUUAUGGAUUAGAUCAUGGAAUGAGGGGAGUUUAUUCUGAAAAACGUAAAUUACUAUUAAAUUAAAUAGUUAUUGCUGCUUUUAAUGAAGAAUAGUUAAGAAAUCUUUAGGUAUUGAAGUUCAAAAUUAGGAAUUAAUUGAACGCAUUAGAAAUGGAAAUGUAUUCAUCAUUAGCAAGUCUGAAGAGAAGAAACUUUAGAUUAUUUUGUAUAGACUUACUGCAUAUUUAUUCAGUAGUUGGGAUAGUAAAGAAGCAAAAGUAUCAGAGGCUAGGAUUGAAACAUUAUGAAAUUUAUUCACAAUUCUUCUAACAUUAAAAUAAUCAUUCAACAUAAUCUAUGCCUGUGACUAAGGCUUUCUUGGCAAAACUAGCAAUUAAAUAGCCCGCAUCAUUAUAUUUAUGGUCUGUAUUCCAUAAAAGAUUUCCCUAANAUUACAUCAUUAUUAUUAAAUAUGAAUACAUAUAUAUUUUUAUUUAAAUUUAUUCUAUUUUUCUGUCAAUUAAACAUAUUAGAUAUUUAAUUUCUUUAUAAUGA